AUGAUGUACAUCUACACCUGGAUUGGGGCUGUGAUGUGGUACACCUGCGGAUUGGUCGGCCCCUUAAGCCUCCUAACGUACCUUGCCGCCAUAGUGGUGCAGCAGAUUUCCAUGCGCUUCCCGCAGGACUUGGCGAAGAAGUACAAGACGCACUGGGGCCUUGUGACCGGUUCCAGUAGCGGAAUUGGAAAGGCCAUCGCUGAGAAGCUAGCUGGUCAAGGCAUCAACGUUGUGCUUGUGGCCCUGGAUGACAAGAUGCUCGCCGACACGUUCGCGGAGCUGCAGAAAAAGUAUCCGCACGUGCAGUUCCGAAAGGUCGGCGUCAACCUUUCUGCCAAGGACUACGCCUACAUGAAGGACAUCAUCAGCCAGACGGAUGACAUUGAGGUCGGUCUCGUCUUCAAUAACGCCGGCUACAUCUGCGCCGGCCUCUUCGCAGACACUGAUCUCGAGCGCCUGCGCUGCAAUCUGGAGUGCAACGCCGGAUGCGCCGUGCCCAUCACACACCACUUCCUGCGCAAGAUGAUCGCGCGCCAGUCGAAGGGUCUCAUCACCUUCACCUCGUCCGCCGCGUGCUACCUCCCUGGCCCAACGGCCACCAUGUACAGUCCCUCCAAGGCCUUCCUCACGAGCUUCGCCACCACCAUCGCGGCUGAGAACCACGACCUUGGCAUCGACGUCGUUGUCAUCCAUCCGUCCCCAGUGAACACGAACUUUUACAAGAACGAAGGCCCGGCCCUCGACUCGCUCAAGACGGCACAGAAGUCUGCCGUCUCUCCGAUGAACAUCGUGGAUCAGAUCUUCGCCUCUGCGGGUCGCCUCACUGUGGUGGAUCAGGGUAGCAUGUGCAUGAUGAUGCGCAUCAUCAACAAGGUGCUCGACUUCCAAAUUUUCACAGAGAUCGUAACCCGCUUUGCUUACUUGAACGCCGAUCAUCUGCGUCUGAGGAAAGAGUCGAAGCUGCGCACCCACAGGCAGUAA